CAGACAUCCUACAGCUUGGCAGAAGGUGGGACGAGAGUCAAAACCGGGCCCGACGCAGCGCGGGACCACCCCAGCCAGCCCGGGACCCCGAGCAGGGCGGCGCCCUGGUCACGUGGUCCGACACCGCCUCGCCCCGCCCCUGCCUGGGCUUGGCUCUGCGUGCGCCUGCGCGGGCGCGGGCUCGCUCGCCGGCCGUGCUGCGGGCGGGCGCCCGCGGCCGUGGCCACAGCACACUGAACGCAGCAACUCUAAUUCGCAAAAGUUUGCUAAGUAACGAAGGACCAGUUCUGCAAAAGUGAAGAGUAAAUGUGCCCUUUGUUUGUUUUGCAGUGUUGAGGAUGGAACGCGAAACAGGAAAUGCUGUUGUCAGAAUUGACUUCAGAAGGGAGGAGGCUGAUGAUGGAAACCAUUGGGAAAGUUAGCAGAAAGCUGUCAUCCUCUGCGCCCAGGCUCAGCUAAUGUCACAGGUUAAAAAAAGUCUUUCCCAAAGAAGACAGACCACAGGCACCAUGAUGGACUCAGAAGCACAUGAGAAAAGGCCCCCAAUGUUGACCUCUUCAAACCAGGAUUUGUCAACUCACAUUGCGGACAUAGGUGACAUAAAGCAUUACUUUUGCGGCUGCUGCGCAGCUUUCAACAACGUGGCCAUCACAUACCCUCUUCAGAAGAUCCUCUUUCGGCAGCAGCUGUAUGGCAUCAAAACCCGGGAUGCCAUACUCCAGUUGAAGAGGGAUGGGUUUCGAAACUUGUACCGCGGAAUCCUCCCCCCACUGAUGCAGAAGACCACCACGCUGGCGCUUAUGUUCGGUCUGUACGAGGACCUGUCGCGCCUGCUCCGCAAGCACGUGAGCAGUGCCCCGGAGUUUGCCACCAGAAGCGUGGCAGCGCUGCUCGCGGGCACAACAGAAGCCAUCUUCACUCCGUUCGAAAGGGUUCAGACUUUGCUGCAGGACCACAAGCACCACGACAAGUUCACAAACACUUACCAGGCCUUCCGGGCCCUCAGAAGCUAUGGGAUUGCAGAGUACUACCGAGGCUUGGUGCCCAUCCUUUUCCGCAAUGGCUUCGGCAAUGUCCUCUUUUUCGGCCUCCGAGGGCCCAUUAAGGAGCACCUGCCUACUGCCACUUCUUACAGUGCACAUCUGGUCAACGACUUCAUCUGCGGAGGUGUGCUCGGGGCCAUGCUGGGCUUCCUAAGCUUCCCCAUCAACGUCGUGAAGGCUCGAAUCCAGUCUCAGAUCGGCGGGCCAUUCCAGUCUCUCCCCAUGGUUUUCAAGACAAUCUGGCUAGAGCGGGACAGGAAGCUGAGCAAUCUUUUCAGAGGCGCCCAUCUGAAUUACCAUCGCUCUCUUAUCUCCUGGGGAAUAAUCAAUGCAACUUAUGAGUUCUUGUUAAAGAUUGUGUGAUAAGGUCACUACAUGAAGUGUUAUUCUCAACUAACUAGACCCAAGGAGAAUGCAAUUUGGCUUUGUUCCUAAUUGGCUUUACUACAGGUUGGUGUCAUUAAGUCCAGGCCAUAAUUUACAAAGUACUGACAAAAACAGAAUAAAAGGUUUCAAUGGGCAGAUGUCAGGGCGUUGGUUUGCUCAUUACUCAAGAGCUUUAGGCUGUUGCCUGGUAACUAGCCUAUAUCUGAUGACCUUUUCAGGGCAGCUGUCAGCCAAGAUAGAUUUCCUUUCCUCCCGGAAGGGGUUGCUGGGCCUUCUGUAGGAAACAGCGGCACCAGCAGCCAGAGCACGUGCUCCUGGCCCAGGGCUCCUCAGGCUCACUUUCUCACCUCAUGUAUCGCCUCUUUGCUCUGAGGAGGGUCAUCUUCACCAAACCCACGCACUGCAGAGAAGACAGUCGGUGUCAUGGCCAUAGCUCCGUGAUGAAUUGUUGGGGUUAGCUUUGAAACUAAGUGCUGUUCAAAUAGUCAUUAUCCAAACUUUCUUUUCAGAUGUGAUAGAGCUGAGCAGCUAAUGAAUGCUUCAUUUUGCUGUUUAGCUUUGGACAUUUUCUGUUUAAUUCUGAAUGUGACUUUAAGCCCUUCCACAACGUGCUUGUGCUGUCUUUACGGAAUUCAUUGCCAAAUGAUAGGGUGACCUAGGAGACUUGGGCUGUGCGCCCCGUCGUGGUAAGCUGUUCACUGCAAGGUCACACUUGUUCUUCGUGCUUCUGGUGCCAGCAGAGCUCACCAGUGGGGACGCUGGCCUUGUGAGUAGUGACUGUCUGUCCUGUCCUGCGAUAGUAGACUUUAAAAAUAAACACUUCCAUAAAGUUCACUUUGGGAGUCUGUUAAUACCAUCCCAGGUUUUCUCCUUCCCUGGCUUCUCAGUGCCGCAGAGUGAGCUGAGGAGCGGAGGAUGGUCUUCCCAGUGCUCACCCCCCUUUUUUCUCUGGAAAGAGAGGCUUCAGGGUUGACAUUCUGGGAGCCCAGUGUAGCACUGUGCCAUUUAAGAGGGUCUGCUCUGAGGAACAGCACCUGACCAGCUCAGGUAGGCUUCAGCUGCUAAGCACAGGGCCAAGGAAUCGUAGAGCUAGUCUCUGAGUCAUGGAACACAACUCACCGUGGAAAUGAAGUAACAUCCAGUCUGGAGAAGUAGCUUAGGAACCUUGAGACAGCGGUCUGUCGCACUAGCGAGUUAAGCUUGCUUCCUGGGAUUUGAUAGGAGAAAGUCAGUUUCUUUCUUUUUUUUUAAUGGUGCUAGGGAUUGACCCCAGGGCCUUGCCAUGCUGGGCAAGUGCUCUUCCACUGAGCUACACUCCAGCCUCCCAGUUUUGUGUUUGUUUGUUUUUUUGAGACAGGAUCUUAGCAUGUAGCCCAGGCUGGUCUUGAACUCCCAGAGAUCUACCUGGCUCUGAGUUAAAGGGAUUGAAGGUGUAAGCUGCCAUACUGGGCACCCCCAGUCUUUAAAGAUAGGUUUCUUACUAACAAUUUCUCAUGUGGGUAAUUGCAUGCAAGUAAGCGCAUAGACCUACAGACUGAAAUUAGACCCUCAACUGCAGUUUGUGAGAAGUUUCUGGGGAAGAGAAUCCAAAACAGCUGUUUACCUCUAACUACCCUGAGGCUGGCUAGGUCAGCGCCCUCCAGCUGGAAAGGGUGAGAGCUGGUGAAUUCAGGUGGCAGGGAGGGCUUUGAAGAACGCUGCCGGAAGAUUUUGUGCAGCCCAGUGUGGACGUUAAGGGAGAUGUGAGGACUAAGCAGACGAGUUUGACCCAGAUAGAGUCUGAAGCGAGCGAACUCUCACCAAUGGCACCGUGCUUCCCGACCCCCGUGUUUCCGCGCAGCAUUGAGCACCGGGGCCUGUCAGGUGCAGCGCAGGAAGGUGAGUUAGCAGGGAUUACACCCUGGCCCUGGGCCUGAGCUGCACCGGCCUGCAGGGAUCGUUUUCUUUACACUCCAUGAUUCAGCUGUAACGCACUCCUGUGAGCUACAUGAGGAUUGGGAGGGCAGUGAUUUGGCUUUUGCUGUCUUGAUUAUGUGGCAUUUUCAAACAAUUACUAAACUUUUUAAUGAUUUUUAACUUUUAAACAUUUUUGUCACUCUUAGAGCUCUUGAAGCCUAAACUGCAGCGUAUUACAGAGAUGGCUUUUUGUCUCCUAUAAAUUUAACUUUGACAAAAAAAAAACAAAACAAACACUUCAGAACUUGUAACCCACUCUAUCUGAACUUUUAUGUCAGAAUGUAAUUAAUAGAUUCUAACUAGUGCGGUAAUAUUUGUUAAACCUGAAAAGACUAAAGAACUCUCUGAAAAGCUUUAAAGUGGCCUUUCUGUGACGCGUGUGGCACGGGUGGCUCCUGAGCACAGAACACUUGUGCCCUCAGAAACACGAGUUUUGCAUUUACCACAUUUCAGUGCUGUGAGCCCUCAGGGCCGCACAGGGCCAACACAGCCUUUGCAUGGCGGCACACUAGUGUCUUCUUUUCUUUGUGGCUAGAGACAGAUGCUCGUGCCUAUCAACAUUUCUCUUGUGGUUGGUUAUAUAAUCACGUGCUAUAUGUUGUGACCCUGUGCAAUAAAGCAGAAUUGUACAUAAAUAGGUACAUCUGGGUACCCGAAAUUCCUAAGCUCAAUUACAAUGUAGAUAAACUUGUAAGGUUCGGAGAGCUGGCCUUGUGUGAGUGGACAACACCAAAUGAACCCUUGUUUGAAGGAGGUCCGUGCAGCGUGGGCGUGGGUUGCAGCCAUAAGCUGAGGGCCAGACUGUUGGCACUAAGGCUCUCAUACUUGGUUUCUCUAUGUCAAAUGUAUUUUUUUUUCUCAUAUACAAAUAAAAGCCUAUCAAAAACAAGAA